AUGUUAAGAGGUAAUUUUAAUGAGGAAUAUUUGGAAUUAUCCUGGAAGGCAAGAAGACAAAGAAGGCACGAACGACGAAGAGUCUAUUCUCCUUUUUGGCAGAAUGAAACUCAUAUUAAAAGAUUAAGAAAUCAGUUUUCCUUAUCCGAACCGAAUAUUUUAAGUGUGGUAGUUUUUAAUAGUCCCCAACUCGGUUAUGAUUUUAAAAGGAAUAAGAAACUAAUUUUAAAGGAAAAAUUUACUCUGGCUAAUAAUAGUAUAGGGGGAGGAAUUGCUGAUAUUUUAACCAGGCAUGAGAGGCAAGACACUCAAUUAACCUGCUUUGAAAAAUUACGAGCCAGGAUCAUCAAAGAGAUUACUGGUCCUAAUGAAGAAGUAAAGGGAAAAAUAGAAGGAAGAGAAGAAAAAAACGAUAAUUUGUCUCUACUUGCUCGGGUCGAUGAUAGUUUGG